AUUAUAAACUUAUUAUACAUCUGUAUAUUUACCGGCUAGCCCUAGUUUUUGUGAACGGAGUCGGGGAACAUGGCUGCUCCGGCGUCGAUCCGGCAGUUCAAACUGGCCAAGGAGAGCGAACUUAGGGUUGAGGUCGGCGCCGAUUCUCCAUUCCGCAUCCGCCUCGUCUCCGGCACCGCUGAGAUUUUUGGAACCGAGCUUCCGCCGGAGAACUGGCUCUCCGUACCCCCUCGUCAAAAGUUUGCUAUUUUUACGUGGCAUGGAGCUACUGUGGAAGUAGAAGGAACCAGCGAGGUCGAGUAUGUUGCUGAUGAGACUCCCAUGGUGAGUUAUGUGAACGUACACGCGAUACUGGAUGGCAGGAGAGCGCGGGCUAAGGCAUCGUCUAGUAACGAUUUCGUUGCAUCCCAGGGUCCUCGGGUUAUUGUGGUUGGGCCCACGGAUUCUGGGAAAAGUAGUCUGUGCAGGAUGCUUCUGAGUUGGGCGUGUAAGCUGGGCUGGAAGCCUAUGUUUGUAGAUUUGGAUAUUGGUCAGGGAUCCAUUACUAUUCCUGGAUGUAUUGCUUCCACUCCAAUCGAAAUGCCUAUUGACGCUGUUGAAGGGAUACCUCUAGAAAUGCCCAUUGUGUACUUUUAUGGACACACGACUCCAAGCAUAAAUGGAGAACUAUACAAGGUUCUUGUGAAGGAGCUAGCUCAAACACUGGAGAGGCAUUUCUCUGCUAAUGCAGAGUCUAGGGCUGCAGGCAUGGUGAUCAACACUUUGGGUUGGGUGGAAGGCCUUGGUUAUGAGUUGCUUCUUCAUGCAAUUGACACUUUCAAUGCUAGUGUUGUUCUUGUCUUAGGGCAGGAAAAGCUCUAUAGCUUGUUGAAAGAUGUAGCAAAGAAUAAUCCUAAUAUGGACAUUGUAAAACUUCACAAGUCUGGGGGUGUUGUUUCAAGAAACCCAAAAUUUCGGCAGAAAUCUCGGGGCUUCAGGAUUAGGGAGUACUUUUAUGGCCUCUUCAAUGAUCUGUCUCCGCAUUCUAAUAUCGUCAGUUUCAGUGAUAUAACUGUCUACAGAAUUGGUGGUGGUCCACAGGCCCCACGUUCAGCACUACCAAUUGGAGCUGAGCCUGUAGCUGACCCUACUCGGCUGGUUGCUGUUAACAUAAACAGAGACUUACUUCAUUUGGUUCUUGCUGUUUCAUAUGCAAAGGAACCAGAGCAAAUAAUCUCUAGUAAUGUUGCUGGGUUUAUCUAUGUCACGGACAUCGACAUCCAGAGGAAGAAGAUCACAUAUCUUGCUCCUUGCCCAGGUGAGCUCCCAAGCAAGCUGUUGAUUGUAGGAACUUUGACAUGGUUGGAAAGCUAACUCUUUAUACUUUGAAGAAAUGCAAUCGUUUUAUUUAAAGCUCUCUCUCUCUCUAAAAAUUUACGUGGCAUUCUGCUGUUUCAUGUAAAUUAUGGCUUGUAAACUAUGGGUAAAAUUACUUGCAAUACUGUAAAGUCUAUAUGUUUGAACAUGUUUCAAUUGCAUAUUUUGUAGCUUAGCAUUGUGUAUAU